CCGAGCGUUGGGUACAGGAAAGUGAUCCACCCACGGAAACUACAAAAACAAGCGUGAGCGACAGCUGCACCCGGAGCCACGCAGACGUCGAGCGUGUGAUGGUGUCGCUCGCUGGGGACGGCUCUUCAGGUGUUUGGCUUUUCUUUGCAGCGUGAGAUCAGGAGGAACUCUGAGAUGACGGCGUCCAGCUUCAACCUGAUCCUCACCCUCUGCCUGAGCCUCAACUUCCCCCGAAGCCACGGUGGUACGGAGGUGGUUAUGAGACGCAGCCGCACCGUGAGCCCAGACGGCGCCGCCUCCAUCUCCUGCGAAUGCACCGCAGAGAUCAAGAAGGUUGAAGACGUGCGACUCAACGUCGUGUCCCCCGCAGACAAAAAAAGGACGGUGCUGUGUCAGAAAGGAAGCAACAGCUGCCACCUCAGGAACAUCUACAUGAUGCUUCAGAACCCUGAGAACCCCAAGAAGUGGCUGUUCUUCAUGAACCAGGUUGAAGCCAAGGACAUGAACCUGACGUACGAGUGCGAGUUCACCGUGAGCAGCGCAGAUGGCCUUCACCACACCUGGAGAGGGGAACCAGCCACACUACUGCAAGGUCAAGAGGAAGCGGAGAAGGGCUGCACGCCUGCUCCUCCUCCUUCGCCUUCACCUGCACCGCAGCCCGAUCCAAUGGGCUGGGUUCUGAUCGCCCUGCUGGCUCUGCUGCUGCUCUGCAUCUGCGUCAUCGUCCACCUCUGCGUUCGACUCAGGAAACGCAAGGAAGAAUAUGACAGCGGCACCUAUGUGAUAAUGAGGAAAGCUCCUCUGCUGAGGAACGCGCCCGCUGCUGUUUACUGUGGCAACUGAGCCGUCUGUGGUGACCUUUGACCUCAGGCUGAGCUCUUCAGACCCUGCUGACGCUCCGGCCGAGUGAUGUACAGCGGAGGGAGUCAGGCGCUGUGUUAAUGAGCCUCAUGGCCUAUUUCUCUGUAUGUGAACAGACAAACUAAACGUCAGCACACAUUUGGAACCUAAUGGUUUGCAGCUCAACCACAAACAUUUUCAGGGUCACUGGAAUGUGGGUUCUCAUGAGCUGUCAUCAUCCAAAUGAAGUGUGUCUUAUAGUAUUUCCACAUUUUUACAUUACAUUUUUUGGCAUGAAUGUAAACAAAGCAGCUUUUGUUUUUUCAGGGUAUUCUGUUUUGUUGUACUUGUGUAAAUGCUGUGCAUAUAGUUCAGGCCGGUCUCAGUGUGACGCCUGCAAUGAGCUACCUCUGAUUAAACUGCAACCACAGUCAGGGUUAAAAUAAACUGUGAUAACAAAGAUGGUCCUUCACCAUCUGUGGUUCUGCUGCUGGGGCAGAUCUCAUGUAGCAGCUGAUCCAUUAAUAACUUGA